AAAUUGCAGAAUCAAAAAGUGGUUAAAGUAAUUUGUUGUUAAAAUAGAUAAAUAACAACUAAAUUUACUAUACUAAAAAUAAAACCACUGUCUUUAUUUUCAAUAUGUAGCAAUAUCUUGUCAGUUAAAAUGCCUCGGUGCCUACCUUUACGAAUUUCAAUUAGAGACAGUUUAGUUUUAAUCCUUUUAGUUAUUUUCAACACAAUACACGUAACGGAUAUGGCAAACAAUGAAAUGGAUAUUCAAAGCAAACAAGGCAAGUCAAAGGAAGACACCAAUAGUAAAUUAGUGAAUUUUAGUGGAAACGAUGAAUACCUGAAAAGCUGCCCCACUACAGAAGAAGGCAAUACAUUAAAUUGUUCAGAUCUCAAUUACCCUUGUUUGUCAUGUGACCGAAAUAUUGAUUGUGUUUAUGGAGGAAUGUACAACUACACAUGUUUUGUGAAACCAAAAGUUAUAUGCAAUGGACCUAAAUCCUUAAACAAAACUGCAAUGUGUCGGUUCUGCUACCAAACUGAUAAAUGGGAACAUAGAUGUGAUCAGAAAGCUAAUUGCAAUUCCUUAGCUUCACCUAUGAAGUAUUAUUUGACAAAUUGCACAGUUUCUGAUGAUGUAAUUUGCUUAGGAAAGAGAAAAUUCUUAAAGAAAAUCAGAUGCUCUUGGACAGCUGGCACUAGAUGGGGUACUGCUCUAGUGCUCGCUCUCACACUUGGAGGAUUUGGAGCUGAUAGAUUUUAUUUAGGGCACUGGCAGGAGGGAAUCGGGAAGCUGUUUAGUUUUGGUGGCCUUGGUGUAUGGACCCUAGUUGAUGCUCUGCUAAUCGGCAUCCAUCACCUCGGUCCAGCUGAUGGAUCUCUUUAUAUUUAGAGUAUUAAUAAAAUAUGUUGAAUGUAGAA